AUGUCGGAAGAACCACCUGCAAAACGCGUCCGAAAGGGCACCAGAAGUUGUCAAGAAUGUCGACAUCGAAAAAUUCGGUGUAUCUGGCCGUCCGACAAUGCUCAAGUCUGUCAAAGCUGCGCGACCAGAAACCGCACAUGUGAACUGCAGCUUGAGGUCAUCCAGACUGCUGAGACCAAGUUGACUUCUCGAGCCCGCAUCGACGCCUUAGAGAAGGCAGUGAAUGACUUGUGGAAUGCCAUCGGCCAGAGUCCUCCGGUUCGUUCAGCUGGGUCGCGUUCAGAUAGUCGGCCUACUAUCGGCCGUCUCGAUAACCAACAAAGUCCUGAUUCCUCCAAUCCCUCAUCACCGGCGCAUCCACCAACACAUCUGCUUCGUCUUCUCGACAAUGACCUGCUAGACUCAAAUGGACAUGAGACCACGACGCCCUCCACUCGGAUUUCCACUUCCACCAUGUCCAAGGAAUCGGCUGCUCUACUAGAACUACUACCAUCGCGUGAGGACAUGGUCACCAUCGCCGCAAACUCUUCGUCCUGGCUCUCAUGGUACAAAGUCCUAUUUUCUCUAAAUCUUGCCAUGGGUGCUGGUUCUGUGAUGCUGGAGAACUAUGACAUGGUCAAACGAUCCGUAACGCAUCCAGUGCCCAUCGCCACGCUUUUGCUAGCUGUGGCUUUGACUGUCCAACAGGCUCCAGACGCGACGAGUAUGCUGCCAAGUAUACCUGACUCGGCUGCCUUCAUCAAGGACGUUUCCAAUCUUGUGGAGAAGGUUGUGAUCUCGAACGAUGAUCUACUUGCGGAUCUUGAGGGAAUUCGAUGUGGCAUGCUAUUCAUACGACUCCAACUCGGCCGAGCAAGGGUAAGAAAGACGUGGCUCACUCUUCGGCGAGUCAUUGCCGUCGCCGAACUCAUCGGCUUGCCGAGAGCUGCAAUAAGUUUACAACUCAAUGCAGAGCCUCAAUCUCGACCAGAUCACGUCCAAAAUGAACAAUACCGUGAAGAUGCCCAAGUUGAUCAACAAGAGAAGGCCGAAGUUUGGGAGUCUAUCUGUGCAAUAGAUCGAAUUAUCUCGAUGAUGUGGUCUCUCCCUGUGGCUACCUCUAGCUUCCCGCUUCCUGUACGGUCAAUCGUCGACAGUCAAGGCGAAGUCAUCUUGCAGGCAUUUAUUCAUAGACUCGCCAACAUUGCCAGCAAGGUCCUAGAGCUCGAUGGCGUGUAUAUGCAGGACAAACCCGUGCCAGACUUGCUGAGUGCUGUCAUGUCUACUGACCAAGAACUACAGGAAGUGGCCAAAGCCCCAAUGCAAUCGUGGUGGGUAGAAUCCCCAUCGUCUUUGUCUCCGGCAGCCUUGUUCCAACAUUGGUAUUCCUACUUGGUCAUACGCACUCAUCUCCGACUGGCGCUUGCCUAUGAUCAUGACCAGAGAUUUCUCUACAACUUCAUCUCCUGCUUGAGUGCCUGCCAAGAGCAUACCAAGCGGUAUGUCUCACUGCGACCUCUUCUACCGGCAGGCUUNUUUGCAAAUUCCAUCAUCGACCUUCAAGCGUUCUCGGCCAUGGUAUUCCUAAUGCUAUCUGCAAACAAAGCCACAGCGGCUUCCCAGCAUAUCAUGACUCCUCAGCAGACCCACUCUCUGGUUGAUGAAGCUGUUCAGGCUAUGGAACGAGCUUCAAGCCGCACUGGGAGUCAGUCUGCUUUGCAUGGACUGGAAGCCAUCAAGAGUUUGCGGUCUUUGAUUGAGCAGCCCAAUUCCGCCGAGCCACAAAAAGCCAGUCUGCUCCUCCCUAUGAUUGGAAGAAUCCACGUAGCUCGCAAAUCUGCUAGGAGCGGGCAGCAACACCAGUCGACGCAGCUCACUAGCAACAGAGGAGCCGAAUUUUCGCUUCAAGAUCCACCUGCCAGUUAUCCUUCCGAUAUGACGGGGUCAAACUAUUUGAGCCCCGAGAUUUUGAACACCCUUUCCUACUCUAUGGAAGUACCGGAAGAUUAUCUUUUCUUUACCGAUCAGAGUUUUGGGACUGAGCAGUGGAUGUCAUGGGGUAAUUGA